UACGGGUGGAUGCUUAAGUUUCUGCAACAUUAUUGUUUGGCAUAGAUCGCCUUUUGGACAAAGUGUUGUGCGUGAAUGCAAAACUCUGGAGCAUGGAGCAGAGGAGUAAAGCUCGUGUAGUGGUGAUAGGAGGCGGGCCAGCGGGCCUUUGUGCUGCUCGACAUAUCCUGUCUAGGCCCGAGGCCUUUGAUCCACCCGUGGUGUAUGAAAUGACCGAUCAUUUGGGUGGGACGUGGUUAUAUGAGGAACGAAUGGGUACAUAUGACAAUGGAUAUCCCAUCCACAGCAGUAUGUAUAGAGAUCUCAGAACCAAUUUGCCUAAGGAGAUUAUGAUGUUCCCUGAUUUUCCCUUUGAUGACCACCUUCCUUCUUUUUUGCACCAUACGUCAGUUCAGCAGUAUUUGGAAAAAUACUGUGAGAGACAUGACAUUGCUCAUCAUAUCAAGUUCAACACCGUGGUGGAAAAGGUGAAGCCCAUCUCCAUGGAGACGGAGACGGGGGGAGCUGUGACGUGGGAGGUAAUUUCACGCAGCACAUGUGGAGACCAGAACAAGCAGACAUUCGACUCGGUGUUUGUCUGUAACGGGCAUUACUCCGACCCCCACCUGCCCUACAUUCCUGGAAUAGAGCAUUUUAAAGGGAAAGUCUUACACAGCCACUGGUACCACUAUCCAGAGCCCUUCGCCAACAAGUCCGUUGUGGUGUUGGGGGCCAGAGCAUCCGGUGUGGAUAUUUCCAUUGAGAUAGCCCAAGUUAAUGCUCAGGUGAUUCUAAGUCAUUGCACACCACCCAUGUCUUUACCUCCACAUCUGGGUAUCCAGCAGGCUAGUGCUGUCAUUGGGGUUUCAGAGGAUGGAUCUUUACAGUUCCAGGACGGAUCAGUGACCCAGGCUGAUAUUCUUCUGUUCUGUACAGGAUACAAACUUAACUUCCAUUUCCUUUGUCCAUCAGACCUAGGACUGGAUGUACAGGAUUUUUUUGUGACUCCACUGUACAAGUACUUGCUGCCCCCUGGUUUCCCUUCAAUUUUCUUUAUAGGCAUUUGCAAACUUAUUUGCCCUUUCAUACAUUUUGACUGUCAGGUUAAGUUCGCUCUUGCUGUCCUGGAGGGCUCAGUCGAGCUGCCCACCCAGGAAGAGAAGGAGAAGGAGGUGCAGAGAGAGAUGCAACGAAAACAAGACACAGGUGUGCAGGUGAAGCACCUGCUCAAUUUGGACAAAGAUCAGUGGGAUUAUUACAAGGAUCUGGCCAAGGUGGGCCGAUUCACACCUCCUCAGCCAGUAUUUCACAGUCUCUAUGAAGAGGUGUGCAGACAGAGGCAGAAAGACCCACAGAAAUACAGACAGAUCAACUAUAAGCUCAUUGAUGCCACACAGUGGGAGAUUUUGGAAGCUCCACCAGAACAGACUGGUGUUACAGUCCAGAACAGAGUUUAGCUACAGUCUUGACUGAGGCUAAAUGAAUGAUAUUUACACUGUUUUGAUUUAUUUUUCUAAGGACAAAAAUCUGUAGAAAUGUGGAAGAAAGAAAAUAAAAACUCUUACAACUCUUACAAAAAUUACAUUUUAGAAUUACUGUUGUCUGAUUUUGCUCUAUUUCAUCAGCAAAAAUAGUUCCAAAGUAACAGCUAAACUGCUGCGCAUCUCCAUUCAAACACAGAAGUGUUUGGUUUAUGGAUCAGUCUGCACUUUUGAACGAAUCUAGUGAGUAAAUGAUUCAGUCACUCAUUCACACGCUUGGAUAUGUAUACGUAGGUGCCUCAUUAGCAACUGUUUCUAUAACCCACUAUAUGUAAGCUGUCCGGCACCAUAUUGGAAGGGUCAACUUGACAUCAUUCACCAUAAUGAUCAAUCAAUAUUCGAAGAUGCCACAAUCCUUACAUAUCUAUGGUUCCGCUGUCCUGACAUGUUAUCCUACUCGUCAGAUUUUCCUACCAGGGACUGCACAUGCGCACAUCAAUAUUGCGUCCUUUUUCUCAUGCUGAACAACAAUAUUUAAUAUAUCUGCAUUAUUGUAAGGGUAUGUUUAGGGUUGGGGCAGGUGUAGACUUUAAUAAACUUAAUCUAAUAGAUAGGAAAAAAUUAUUUAUUGUUGGUUUCCUGUAGCUGUAUCCGUUCUAGCUACAACCACGAAUAUAACACAUAAUUACUGUAUUUGCAUUACUGUUAGGGUAGGUUUAGGGUUGUGGUAGGUGUAGACGUUAAUAAACCAUAACUUUACAGGUUUUUUGUUGUUGUCGAAAUAUACUACCCACUGUUUUAAUGGGAGGUAGCAAAAUCUGACAGGGUAGGACAAAUAAACAGAACACCGUCUCUCUCUCGUAUUCUCACCUGUGAAAGGUUAUCCUGUUUCUUCAGGAUUUUAAUCCCAGAGGUUUUUACAACCACUGGCAGGGCAGGAAUGUGGAAAAUCAUUAAAUAUUAAUUGAUUAUUGUGGUGAAUGACAUCAAGUUGACCACUGCAAGAUUAGUGGUCGCGUCUACGUGCUUGGAGCUGUUAAAUGAUCUACCUAUACAUAUCUGUGUUCACAAGGACAGCCACUUUCUUAGUUUCUGAAUGAAUCGAUUGAAUAAAUGAUUCUGUGACAAAAACAGUGA